CAAGGCAAUUAACGUCAAAAACUGCGAGUCAAAAGUGGAUUAGGGUUUGACCAAGUGAAGUCGGAAAGAACACAGCUUUUUUGCGAAAGACAAUACAGGUGAAAGCGUCAUGCAUCUUAACAGAGCAGAAGAUAACAAAGGCUCAGUGUCUCUCAGUGUAUUACUGGUAUCCAUUGCGCUGACAGUCUGUGCCGUUUGGCUCAUAGCUCUAUGUGGUGUCUGCAACUGGUGUCAACGUAAAUUGGGGAAGAGGAAUAAGCCUAGCAUGGAGGCGGCCAGCUCCCCAGAGUCUGUGAGGGGUCGAGGGGAGAAUAAAGCCAUCAACGAUUUAGACCGAGACUUCUGGAAUAACAACGACAGCAGCAAUGUACAGCAGAGGUGGAGCUCCUACCCGCCGAAGGAGUUCCUCUUAAACAUGUCUCCGUACGCCCCCUAUGGAGAUCCUCGCCUCACGCCCAAUUUCGGGGACGCCUCCCUGUCCUCUGCCUCCACGCUGGAGCACAUCCCCUCCUCGGCUGUGGGCCGUCCCCGGCCCCUGGUGCGCCAGCAGAGCCUCCAGCAGCCCCUCACCCACCAGCCCCCGCCGGGCCCCAACGACCCCCCUGCCACCUCCCAGAGCCUGGGCCAGCUCCACACGGGGCCCGGCGGCGGGGGACACCGCGGGGGGCCGCGGGGGGUCCGGGGGAGCCCGGCCGGAGCUUCCCGGUACAGAGGGGCCGGGGCGGGCCGAUCCAGGUCCAACCCAGGCAGCUGGGACCAUGUGAUGGGGCAGAUCCGCAACAGAGGUCUGGAUGUCAAGUCCUUCCUGGAGGGGAAGAUGGUUGUUUUGUCUCUAGCGAUUGGACUGGCUGAACAGGAUGACUUUGCCAACCUCCCAGAUCUACAGGAAGCACCGGCAUGUCAAGAAAACCAAACCACACCAGAAAAGAGAACUCCGGGUAACAAGUCCGGCGUAAGCCCAAAGGGUCAGACCCCCGAAGACGCCGGACGGCGGCAUGGGCCCAGCCGCGACGCCAACUCCUCCGUCUCAGACCUCGCCAACUCUGUCACCAGCGACAUGCUCAUGCUGUCCCCCGGUUCCGAAGAGGACGACCACGAGGGUCCAGUCUGCGAGAAGCUGGGUCGGGUCCAGUUCAGCGUAGGCUACAGCUUCACGGACUCCACCCUCACCGUGAAGAUCCUCAAAGGCCAGGACCUUCCCGCCAAGGACUUCUCCGGCACGUCCGACCCCUUCGUCAAGCUCUACCUACUGCCGGACAAGAAGCACAAGCUGGAGACCAAGGUCAAGAGGAAGAACCUCAACCCCCACUGGAACGAGACCUUCCUGUUUGAAGGGUUCCCCUAUGAUAAGGUGAUUCAGAGGACGCUAUAUCUCCAGGUGCUGGACUAUGACCGCUUCAGCAGGAACGAUCCCAUCGGAGAGGUGUCCGUUCCCCUGAACAAGCUGGACCUGGCCAACAUGCAGACCUUCUGGAAGGAGCUGAACCCAUGCAGCGAUGGCAGUGGGAGCAGAGGAGAUCUACUGGUGUCUCUAUGCUACAACCCCACCGCCAACAUCAUCACUGUGAGCAUCAUCAAAGCCCGUAACCUGAAAGCUAUGGACAUUGGAGGCACAUCUGACCCGUACGUGAAGCUGUGGUUGAUGCACAAGGACAAGCGCGUGGAGAAGAAGAAGACAGUGGUGAUGAAGCGUUGCCUGAACCCUGUCUUCAACGAGUCCUUCCCCUUCGACGUCCCCGCCCACGUGCUGAGGGAGACCACCAUCAUCAUCACCGUCAUGGACAAGGACAAGCUGAGUCGCAAUGAUGUCAUUGGCAAGAUUUAUCUGUCGUGGAAGAGCGGCCCAGCGGAGGUGAAACACUGGAAGGACAUGAUGGGUCGUCCUCGCGCUGCCGUGGCCCAGUGGCAUGCUCUCAAGGCCUGA